AUGUCGUCAGUGUACGUAUCGGAGCCUCCGACGAAGGGUAAAGUGAUAGUGAACACGACGCACGGACCGUUGGACAUAGAGCUGUGGCCAAAAGAGGCACCAAAGGCCGUCAGGAACUUCGUGCAGCUUUGUCUCGAGGGUUACUAUGACCAUACCAUUUUCCAUCGCAUUAUCAAAGAUUUUAUGGUUCAAGGUGGUGAUCCCACCGGUACCGGCCAAG